AUGUUGUGGAAGCUUGCCUUCUCUGUGCUGCUGGCAGGGACUCUCUGCAGGGCUGUGGAGUGCAGGAAGCACAGGCCUCAGGGCUCCAUCCCCUCGCCCUACAAGGGCCACGGAAACACGUCCGACCGACGGGCACGCAAACAGGAAGUGCUGGCGUCCAGCCAGGAGGCGCUGGUGGUGACGGAGAGGAAGUACCUGCGGAGUGACUGGUGUAAGACGCAGCCGCUGCGGCAGACGGUGAGCGAGGACGGCUGUCGCAGCCGCACACUCAUCAACCGCUUCUGCUACGGCCAGUGCAACUCCUUCUAUAUCCCGCGGCACAUGCGCAAGGAGCAGGAGUCCUUCCAGUCCUGCGCCUUCUGCCGGCCGCAUGCCUUCACCACGCUCACCGUGGAGCUGGACUGCCCCGACCUGCAGCCCGCCUUCCGCCACCGCAAGAUCCAGCGGGUCAAGCAGUGCCGCUGCAUUUCCGUGGACGUGGGGGAGUCGGGCAAACCCUGA